AUGACAGUCCCGGUCCCAGACUUCCACGUCAUCAUCAUCGGCGCCGGUGCGUUCCCUCAUCCAGUACCUAUCCUGAUACUAAACGCACUAUUAGGCGCAACCGGCCUCCUCCUCGCACAAGGCCUAAAACAGGCCGGCAUCGCAUACACCAUCUACGAACAGCACGAUGAAGAGACCUACGCCCGCCGGGCAGGACAAUGGACCAUGGCCCUGCAUUCUGCCCUGCCGUAUCUCGAGUCCAUCCUCCCCUCUGAUCUCCGUGCGAAACUGAACUCCACAACGACGAAUCCCUGGUCCGAGCCAGAUCCUGCCAUUGCGGCUGCUAUCCCGUUUGUGAAUGGUGCUACUGGCGAGCUGAUGGCUAAGAUUCCUAUGCCGAGUCCGAAGCGGGUUAUCCGGGGGAAGUUGCGUGAUCUUUUGCGGACAGGAGUGGAGGUUAGAUUUGGGAGGAGGUUGACUGACAUCCGGGUGGACGAUGAUGGGGUGGUUGCUGUGUUCGAUAGGGAGGUGGUUAGGGGGAGUGUGCUUGUUGGAGCGGAUGGAGUGGCCAACGUGGUCGACCCCGUUCGGCCGGAAACCUGGGUAUUUCACUAUUGCCUGUCAAUCUGGACAGCCGAGGACCCCCCAGAAAAUGCCGAGGCGCGCCGCGCCCUAUUCAAACAUCACAUGAGCCAAUACUGCGAGCCGUACAGGUCGGCCGGGGAAUGGUUGAGUCAGGCCACACCAAUACGAGCCGAAAAGGGACUGAACACCGCGCUAGAAGACGUGAAACGCUUCCUGGAUGCCAUUGUCAAGGUGGUAUACGACGGUGCGGAUCUCCAGACAGAGAUGGAUGCCUACGAUGAGUCGGCUUAUACUCGUGGCAAGCAGGACAUAAACUUGUCGGUAGAGCAGAUGUACGCCUAUCAUCACUGGGAGGAGAUAAUGACCAGUCCGUUGAUGAAGGGGGGAUACGGUGCCUUAAUCAACAGUUCCGCCACCAAGUAA